AUCAAACUGGAUUGCUCAUGCUCCGUUCGGUGUAAGGUACACGGUCGUUCCUCAACGGAUUGUUGUCAGGUUAAAAAUUUGAGCUUUAGCAAAUACCAAGUCAAAUUUACCUGAACUUGUCAGGUUCGAGGAGGUUUUACUACCACGUGGUUUCUCGUGAUAACAGGUCCGCAAUGAUGUUUAUUCCGUCUCGCCCAGUUUCCCAUUUUUAAUGUUAAUUUAUGCAAUAAACAAUAAAAUUAAUAAAUGAUGGAGUUUGACGGUUACCACGAUUUAAAUAUAGACGCUAGCUGUGCGAUAGACGAUGAAUUAUGGGACACACUAUUUGAUUAUAAAACGAAGAUUAUUGCUCUAAACCAAACCGUAGACUGUACAGAAGUUAGCCGGAAAAGAAAAAAAGGAGAAAAACAAGAUGAUACAAUACCGGAGCCAAAGAAGUUGGAAGUUCCGGAUAGGUACAAAGGCAAAUUCAUGGUACUUAAUAGGCUGACUAUUAAAUUUAGCGAUACAUCACAAUGGUACAAAGUAAUGAAAUCAAAAAAUAUAAAAAGGUACCAUUUGCUUGCAGCUAUUCCAGCAAAUGGAAAUGCACUCCAUCAUUGUUGUUCAACUGGAGAUGCUGAUAUUGUAACAUUUGAACCUGAGAGCAAGCCUGAUUGGAAGAUUUCAAGGAAAAUUUAUAAAAUGGCUGUUUCAAGAAAUGUAUUUUUUGAGAUUAAUUAUGGACCAGCUGUACUCGAUUCUUCUUGCAGAAGAAAUACGAUACAAUUAUGUCAAUCGUACCACACCCAUGGAAAAUCCAAGAACAUUAUUAUCUCAAGUUCAUUGACAAAUCCAUUCCACAUAAGAUCGCCUUAUGAUAUAAUUCAUCUAUCUGCAUUAUUUGAUCUGAGCGAAGGAGAAGCCAAAAAUGCUAUUAUUCACAAUCCUAAAUGUGUUUUGCAACGUGCAGCAUCGCGUUUACAAGGUAAAGCCGUAUUUAGAAUGGUAAGAGCAAAGACUGACAAAGAGAGUGAAUCAGAAGAUGAUGAAACAGAACUUGAGAAUGAACCAAUGGAAACUGAAUCAUAGCAUCGAAACAUUUUAUUUUUAAAAUCUAUUGCAAAUGUAUAUAAUUUUUUUUAUAAGAUUUUUGUUUUAAAUAAAUCC